AUGUGGGGAGGUGCCUGGAAGCCGAUGACAUGUGUGCGCAUGGCGGCUGAGAUAUUCCUGGAAUUCAAUUCGCAUCAAGGGGAUGGGCUGUGCACAUGUCCCUGGUACAACACGCACGCUCUCUGUCCGCUCGAUAGCAAACAGCAUCUCAUUAGGAAGUUCACCACGGGCUUUGAAACACCCGACCACCAACUCGAUGACGCGCUCGAACGGAGACACGACCCACAACCGGUUGACCUGGAACUGGUUAAGCAAGAGCGGUUGAUGCCAAAGUGCUCUGUCCACGAGGAAGAGGAUAAAGGUGAGCGGCAACGAAUGAAACAGAGUACGGCGAUGUACCGCCCAUUACUCAGCUUUAAAGAUGCUCAACGAGCGUACGCUGAAGCGGGGAUCACAUUCGACUACCUGGAUGUGUCCAAACCACGGGCGAAUCUACGGCAUCACAUUGACCGGUUGAGGACUGUUAAAACGGCGUUGAACGCAAUGAGAUCGGAGCGAAGGCGGAGGCAGUGGGAACAGCACCUGAACAACACACCUCAGCCAAGGAAAGCCAAGAGGCUGCUCAAAGCGGGCGAGAAGCGACACCAGUCUGACAUGGGCAAAGUGAUAGUGGACAAGUGCGUAUGGCAGUGGGGUGGUAUGCACUGGGAUAUGGACUAGAACCAUGCGGAGCGUACACAGUCAAUGCGGAGCUUGGUUUAGAG